ACUAAUAAUAAUAAUCGGUUAUUCGAUUUUCUCUGUAACACAGGUUCCCAUGUCGCAUCACUUCGGCCGAAGACAAAAGCGAAGACGGCGAGCUUCUGCUUUCUCACCUUCUGGAACUGAUGAUCCUACCUCCCAAAUUUUGCACCUGUGAGCUCGCCUAGGAAACUUUCAGCUGUUCUAGCGAUUGGGAAUUCGUUGCUUCUUCCAUUUCCCGGGCUUCGGAGAAUUUCCCCAUUUUGAUGAUAUAAAAGAGCGAAAGUCGGGAAAUGGGGUCGGAUCCGAAUUCACCAUCGCCGUCUUCCAAUGGGAAGCGAAGCCGAGAUCGUGAAGAUGAGGUCUACCUCGACAAUCUUCACUCUCACAAGCGUUAUCUGAGCGAGAUGAUGGCGUCUAGCUUGAAUGGAUUGACGGUCGGGGACUCAUUGACUGAUAAUCUUAUGGACUCUCCAGGGAGGUCUGAAAGCCCUUAUUACUUUAGGGACGAAAUGCCAUUGCAGCAGUACUCCCCAAUGUCAGAAGAUUCGGACGAUUACAGAUUCUGCAGUGAGACGACUUCAGCAAACAACGCUUGCAGCUCAUCCCAGCCUGAAAGCAUUCCAACCAGUCCAGUAUCUCCAUAUCGAUACCAAAGAGGUUUCUAUUGUGCUGCUUCUCCCAUUCCGCACACCUGCAUAGCGAGCACCCAGCUGAGGCAGCCGCGAGGUUCAGACUCCGAGGGCCGUUUCCCAUCCUCCCCAAGCGACAUUUGUCACUCGGCUGACUUGAGGAGGGCUGCCCUGCUGCGGUCGGUGCAGAUGAGAACACAACCACCUGGACCAUCAUCCGACGAACUGCCGUUCGCGUCAGGACAAGAGCUUCACGCACCGAACAUAGAGAGCGAGGAGAGGCCAUGUUCUUACAUGAAGCCCAUGGUUGAAGACGAGAGGGAAUAUCAUAUUGAGGAUUGUUCUCCCAUGAAAAUCUCGGCACCUGAGCUUAGUAGCGAGUCUGAAUCACAUGCCAACGAUGAAGUGAAAGCAGAUGUGCCUAGAUGCUAA